AUGAAGCGGGCGCGCGAUGUGCGCGACCAGCUCGAGGGCCUGCUCGAGCGGGUCGAGAUCGAGCAGACCUCGGCCGGCGACGACCACGUCGCCAUCUGCAAGGCCACCACGGCUGGCUUCUUCUACCACACGGCCCAGCUCCAGCGAUCGGGCGCCUAUCGCACCCUCAAGCACAAGCAGAGCGUCCAGAUCCACCCAUCGUCGGCCCUCUUCCAGCAGCUCCCGCGCUGGGUGCUCUACCACGAGCUCGUCUUCACCACCAAGGAGUUCAUGCGCCAGAUCAUCGAGAUCGAGCCCGAGUGGCUCGUCGAGAUCGCGCCCCACUACUACAAGCAGUCCGAGAUCAUGGACCAGGCCAAGCGCAAGAUGCCCAAGAAGGCCGGCAGCGCCGGCGGCUUCCAGAAGUAA